AGGGCUGGCAGAGCUCAGCCCCCGGCCAGGUGAUUCUGGCCUGGGCCCAAGCCUCAUCCUUCUCUCGCCACCCGGUGCUGCUGGAGAGCUGGGAUGCUGCACCUGCAGUGUGCCUGUGUUCCAGAGCUGCCCGCUUGGGAAGCGCUAAAGCCGUCUGCCCGGUGUGGUUUGCUGGGUUCCUCGCGCGCACACCCCCUCCGUGUUUUCGGGAAGCAGCAACAGUGUUGGAAAAAGGUGCUGGGGUAUAACCAUGGAAACAGCAAGCCUCCACAGAGCUGCCUCUGUCUGCACGGCAAUGGGCUGUCCUCACCCUCUGCGUCUGCCAGCGUGCUUCGGUUCUGACAUGGUAGUCACCUGCUCCUGGGACAAAGGAGCAGUUCAUUCUUCAGGGCUUCUUUCCAUGAGGCCGGUUAAACACUGGUAUAGGAAUUCUGCACCUGACUUCCAUUUGGGGUGUGACCCUUAGAAGAAAAUUAAGAUCAACUUUUGGGGCUUACAUUUGCGUUCACUGAAACAAACAACCGUGGCAGCUUAAUGUGUUACUGUUCCCACUUGUCAGCCUGCCUUGGAUCAGGGGUUACCUCUCACGUUGCGGCCCAGGCUGCUUGUGGUGGUUGAUUCAGCUGACAACGCUGUAGCCUGAACAGAGCUGCUGGCCCCUGUGCCCUUCUGGAGCUUUUGCUGGAGGGACAGGUCCUUGCUGGCAGAAGGGAAAGGCGAAUGACUGAGGAUGGUAACGCCAUUUUGAUGACCUAUGAUCACAUAGAAAUUACCUUCAGUGAUAUUGAGCCAAUGCCAGAUGCCUUCAAAGGGACCAAGAAAGGGAGUGUUUUCUUGACUCCAUACCGAGUUAUCUUUGUAUCUAAGGGAAAGGAUGCUAUGCAGUCUUUCAUGAUGCCCUUUUAUUUGUUGAAAGAUUGUGAGAUUAAGCAGCCUGUCUUUGGAGCGAAUUAUAUCAAGGGCACAGUGAAAGCAGAGGCAGGAGGUGGCUGGGAAGGAUCUGCCACAUUCAAGAUGACCUUUUCAGCUGGGGGUGCUAUCGAGUUUGGGCAGCGCAUGCUGCAGGUGGCGUCACAAGUCUCCAGAGGUGAAAUACCCAAUGGAGCUUACGGCUAUUCCUAUAUGCCAAAUGGAUCAUAUGCUUUCGCACCAGCUGCAGCUAAUGGGGGCUAUCCGUACCCACCACCUCCUCCUGAGUUUUAUCCUGGUCCCCCCGUGGUGGAUGGAGACAUGGGUUACAUGCAGCUUCCGCCCCCGCCGUACCCGGGGCCCAUGGAACCCCCUGUCAGCGCUCCGGACCUGCCCGCCACUCCCGCAGCUGAAGCGAAGGCUGCUGAAGCCGCUGCCAGUGCUUACUACAGCCCAGUCAACCCACAUAACGUCUAUAUGCCCACGGACCAGCCACCCCCUCCUCCAUACUUCCCACCAGAGGACAAGAAAAACCAAUAAGCUAACAGAGAACUUCUCCACAACUCAUUGCUUUCUUACUUCCCACUUUGGCAGAAUCUUGGGGCAUGGUCCAUAGCACUGAAGAGUAGAGCCUUCCCCCAAGGCACGUAGCUUUCAUGGACUCUAGGGGUAGAUAUGUGCAGAGCAAGGGGAGAGAUUUCAGCAGCCUGGGUUAUCUUGUAGAGCUCUGAGGGUUUGCUGUCCUACCCCAGUAUUCCUUUCUCCCGGUGUGCAGCAUUGCUAGAACUGGAGGUUCUCUUCAUCUGUGAUUGUUUCCCUUACAUCUGGGUUUUUUGAUACUUUGAUACUCUUUAGAGUAAGGAACUGGUCCAAACUGGCAAUUAACAUGCUCAUAACAUGGAUGCAAGGCUCUUGGGAGGGUCUUGAAUUUACCUUAGCGUGCAGCCAAGAGCAUCUCUGGACAAAGGGAUGUCUCUGGAUAUUCCUUUCAACCCAGAGUAUCACAUCCAACUUUUUCCUGAGAAAGGGCUUCAAAGGGAACCUUUGGGAUCUCAAAGGAAAUGGAUCUCUCUUACAUUUUUCAGAUCUCUUAUUAAACAUUCAUGGGUUUUUUCAGUGAAGUCAUUCCUGACAAUUGUAGCAAAUAAUCUGGUAGCCAGCCCUCCAGAUUUCCCUGCUGUGCACUGUGUAUGGUGAUGCUGACAAGUUUCCCUUCUUAAGAAAAUAUAACUGCCCUUUACAGGGUUGAGAAGUAGCAUCUACCUAGUUAUAGAUAAUAUGGGAACACUAACUUUCUGUUGUCUCUUUUUUCCAGUUAGAUGUGUGGGCUUGAGAUCACUAAGACCUGAAUACUCUCUUUGUAGUCUAUAAUACACUUUUUUUUUUUUUUCCCCUCUGCUGUAACACAAGUUACACUCUUUGGCCAGUGAAGCAUCUUACUGCUGUGAUUUAACUGGUGAAUGAAUAGCUAAUGGGGAGAAAUAGUUGCUUUACUUCUGCCCUGGAAGCACUUGAGAGAAUAUGCAAAAUGUUGGAAUAAGCUGCUAGGCAUAACUGAGCUGCUCGCUUGAAUGUUGUGUUAAUGCUAUUGGUGUUCCUGGACCAGCUGUGAAUUUACUUCCCAAUAACGUGAACAUGGGCUCCUCGGACUGAGAGUUCAAGCGUUUUCCUUCCAUAGCAUUGAUUCAUUGAUCUCAUUAGCAACGACUCUAGCAUGCAGAACCUCUGCAGGACUGAUCAGUAACCCGGCUGUAAAACUUUGCAUUGUACAAAGCUUUGCACAAUUCAGACUUCACUGACUUCUGACAGUGUCUGUGAGAGAGAAAACCCUUCCCAGCAAGUGUGAAGAAAGAUUGUGUGCUAGGAAACUGCUGAGCCUUGCUGCAUGCAGCCUGCUUGGAGAGAGAAAAGGUCCCCCUCUUGUUUUUCUUAUUGUUUGAGUCUAGCUGAUUAAUCAAAUUGCUACUGUCUGUGCACUGACUUUUCUAGAAUUGCUACUGCAGUGAUUUAAAGAAACGGUUAUUUUAAAAAGAAUAUAUUUAUUUUGAAAAUGUUUGAUUAAUAUAUUAAAUGUGAAAUGACUUUUGAAUGCAGAUUUGUUUUGCCAAGACUGUGAAGUAAAGAGAAAUCAGCUUAUGGUGUUUGUGCAUUUGUGUGAGUGAGCAAACUUGAUGGGGACUUAGUAGCUUUGAAUGGGGAGAGGGAGAAUGAAACAACAGCAAA